GUCGCGUCUAACAAACAGAUGUAACUGGUUUCCUUCACUCUCUUCUCCUCUCCUCAGCCUCUCACAGAAGUCACUGCCAGAAACAUCGAGGCAUCAAACACAGUAUUUAUUUUGGAAACAUAUUAUACCCUUACAUUAAACUAAAUAUGGCUGAUACCGCCGUAGACACGACCACAACCACCGAGAUUUCAGCAAAGGUGAGUUCAUUAAUUUGACUAUACGUUAGCUAACGUUACUAGUUAACGUACUCUUCAGCUGAGCCUGUGUGAACGCCAACUAGCUAACUUUAGCUUUUAUAACCAUGUAAUAACCAAGUAAUUUACGUGAACGUUAGUCACUGUCAAUGACUGGAAAAUAGUAGGUAGCUAUAUUUUACGUCUUUCUCAACUGUUUAGCUAGUUAUUUAGUUGAAUAACUUUUUCGAUAGGUUCAUUAUUUGCUUGUGACUUUGCUAGCUAUGUUAGCCAGCUGGCUGGUUUGCCAUUUAAUUUGCAAGCUAAACUGCUAAAUGUAUAAUUUAUUGCUAGCUAAAUAACGUUAGCUAAACAAUCCCUCAGAAAAUCGAAUGCGCUCGAGCUACACGGUUGAGCGAUGGCGGGAAGGGCAUAAGUCUUUCAGAGCGCGAGCAUGUAGUGUGCGCCCUUAUCAUGUCUGUGGUGAACGGCGACGCAAAUUCCCGAUGCCUUCCAUUGUAUGCACUUUGGCAGUGGUCGGACACGCUCCGUUUGUAAAGAUCUGGGAUAUAAAUAGAAAGCCUACUAUGAUUUAAAAAAAAAAAAACACAUUCUGAACUACAGAAGGGCUGCUUUCAUUGGCGACGAGUAUAUGGACAAAUCGCGUUGGACAUGCAACAAUUGUACCUAUCAGUGAGCUAGCUAAUCAAGGAAAACAUAUUUUCAGGAGCUCAAAGAGAAGAAAGAGGUUGUCGAGGAGAAGGAGAAUGGCAGUGGGGACGCACCAGGCAAUGGAACAGUGAGUUGAAGCUGAAGCUUAUUCCCUCGCGAGCCUCAUGGCCUUUUGUCUCGGCGCCCUCAUCAUGCAGGUGUUGCCAGACUCCGCCCCUACUACUCCCAUGCAUGCUAUCCCACAGCUCUUUGUUUAGUUUGUGAAAUGGCACAGAUGUUUUCUCAAGAGAUCGCAAUUGGCCCUCAUUGCUUUCCCUUCCCCUACUCUCUGGGGAUUAAGUAUAAACUGCAACAUGUGCCCUGUUAUAACUCAGAAGCUUGUUGGCUGUGACUCUUGGGAUAUUAUCGUAACUUUUUUCUGAAGACUAUUCUAAAUUAAAUUACUUGGAUGUCACUGCAUACAAUUUACCCAUAUUUAUAUGACAUAUUACAAAGUUACUCCAAUUAUUUGUUUCCUUCCCUCCAGCACACAAAUGGUGCAGAGAAGAAGACAAAUGGUGCAGAUGAUUCUGAAGAAACCCCUGAGGGUGAGAAGGAAGAGGAGGAUGGUAAGUUCAUGUUUCUCUUUGGACUCACAGCUGAAUUAAAAAAAAAAGUGUGUUUGAUACUUGUGAGGUGUCUGAAGCCCUUGUUUUUGCUUCAUGUAUGAAACUUGUAUGACAUUGAUUGCAGGAGAGGGACAGGAUGCAGCUAAGGAUGCAGAAGAAGCUGCUGAUGAGGGGGUUGACCACCCUGUGAAGUGCCCAGCUGAUGAGGGGGUUGACCACCCUGUGAAGCGCCCAGCUGAUGAGGAGGUUGACCACUCUGUGAAGCGCCCAGCUGAUGAGGAGGUUGACCACCCUGUGAAGCGCCCAGCCGAUGAGGAGGUACGCUUUUGUCAGAUGAUUUUCAAACGCAGUCAAUAUAUUAGCUCAACUGUUACCAUGAGACUCUCUUUAUGACUGUUGCAUAUCUGAUCACUAAGUUCUCUCCCCACUUAAAACGUUUUAAUUUUUUUCAUUCAGGAACAAGUGGAAACAAAAAAACAGAAAACAGAAAACGGUGAAUCAAAGGAAGCUGAAGUGAAGGCAUAG